GAUUACGAAGAAGACGGCCGUAGUUUCGCAAUGCAAAUCUAUCUCCCUGAUGAAAAAGAUGGGUUGCCUGCAAUGCUGGAGAGACUAGCUACCACUCGUGGAAUCUUGAAUGACGAAGAGGACAUUCCUAGCCACCGGGCGGUUAUAGGAGAACUCAAGAUUCCAAGGUUUAAAUUUGAUUUUCAUUUCGAAGCCUCGGAAGCUCUCAAGGGUUUUGGUUUGGAGGUGCCAUUGUCCACGAUCAUCCACAAGUCUUGCAUCGAGGUCGAUGAAGUGGGAUCGAAAGCUGCAGCUGCAGCUGCUGUAAUGAGUAUUGGCUGUGGUCGUCCUCCACCAAAGAAGUAUGACUUCGUGGCUGAUCAUCCUUUUCUCUUCCUCGUCAAAGAACACACAAGCGGACUGCAUCUGUUCCUUGGUCAAGUUACUGAUCCUUCUCUGCAUUAA